AUCAAUAUGCACGUUUCCAUAUUUCUCAACUUUUUUAUUUUUUCAUCGAAUCUGGCAACGUCGUGUGCAGCGCGCGUGCCCGACCCCACACGAACGAGCUUUUUUAAAGCCUCUGCUGCGCGCGGCCGAGCUGUUGCGAGGGGCGAUGGGAUCGGGAGCGCGCACGCAGGGGCAGGCUGCCGAUCACCGUCACGUCGCGGAUCCGCCGCAGCGACAGAGAUGCUGAGGUGAAGCCGCAGAGGAGACACCUUCGCCCGGACACAUUCCCUCCUCUUCCACCGCUUUGUUCGGUUCCUCUCCCCCGGUGGUCGCCUCGCCUCCUGCCCGGAGGACCCUCCCCUCGCUAUGGGCUCCAGCUCCGCGUCGUCCCCGGCGGAGGAUCGUCUGUAACCACACCCGGAGCCUCCUCCUCCUCCUCCGUGGAUCCACAGACCCGAGGGUUCUCCCAUCCAGGUCCACAUGCCCGGCCCAGUGUGAGGCAGCGGGUCGCGGGAGGGGAAGCAGUGAGGACAGCGUCUCCGGUCCACAGGCGUGAUGAGCGGGGGAGCGGAGCAAGCUGACAUCCUCAGCGUGCUCGCCCUGGUCAAGGAACGAUGGAAAGUGGCGAAGAAGAUCGGGGGUGGAGGGUUCGGCGAGAUCUACGAGGCGCUGGACCUGCUGACCCGGGUCAGCGUGGCGCUGAAGGUGGAGUCGGCCCAGCAGCCCAAACAGGUGCUCAAGAUGGAGGUGGCCGUGCUGAAGAAGCUGCAGGGUAAGGACCACGUGUGUCGCUUCGUGGGAUGUGGCCGCAACGACCGCUUCAACUACGUGGUGAUGGAGCUUCAGGGUCGUAAUCUGGCCGACCUGAGGAGGAGUAUGACCCGCGGCACCUUCAGCAUCAGCACCACCCUGCGUCUGGGCCGUCAGAUCCUGGAAUCCAUCGAGAGCAUCCACUCGGUCGGCUUCCUGCAUCGGGACAUCAAACCGUCCAAUUUCGCCAUGGGUCGAUUCCCAAGCACUUGUCGAACCUGCUACAUGCUGGACUUCGGUUUGGCUCGUCAGUUCACCAACUCGUGCCAGGAGGUCCGACCGCCUCGCCCGGUGGCCGGGUUCAGGGGAACAGUCCGUUAUGCAUCUGUCAACGCACACAAGAAUAAGGAGAUGGGUCGCCAUGACGACCUCUGGUCCCUCUUCUACAUGCUGGUGGAGUUUCUGGUCGGUCAGUUGCCGUGGAGGAAGAUCAAGGACAAAGAACACGUGGGGAAGCUGAAGGACACGUAUGAUCACCGUCUCAUGCUCAAACAUCUGCCGGCAGAGUUUGGUGUGUUUUUGGAACACAUCUCCAGCCUGGACUACUUCACCAAGCCGGACUACCAGCUGCUGAUGUCAGUGUUCGACAACAGCAUGAAAACCUACAACGUGGUGGAGAACGACCCGUACGACUGGGAGCGGACCGGCACCGAUGGCACCUUGACCAUCAGCGCCAGCGCCACAACGCCACAGCAUCACACCCGGCUCACUCCGGCACUUAUGGGGAUGGCGAAUGCGUCCCUGAUACCUGGAGACCACCAGAGGGAAAACACAGAUGAGGUUUUGCAGGACGAGCAGCUCAGUGACGUGGAGAACAACCCCGCCCCCGACCGCCUGCCCGGCUCGCCCCUCCACCCGCACCGCAACCAGGAGGCUGACGUGUGGGAGGAGCUGGACCGCAACCGCAACCGCAUCAGGACCGCAGUCUGGAAGGCGGCGACGGAAGAGGAACACAGCAACAACCAGGGCAACCAGGGGCACCAGGGGCACCAGAGCCCCUACGCCGGGCCCAGUCUGGGUUCUCCGGUCAAACACUCUGAGGCGAUGGCUUCAGACCGAGAAGGCCCCCUGCUGAGGAAGCUCCGCAACAUCCACAGCUUCGAGCUGGAGAGGAGGCUCGGCCUAGAGUCCAAGCCCAGUCCAGAGCGCUUCCUCGAGACCUGCUCGCCUCAGCAGCAGACCGGGACCCCUCACCAGGAGAAGGAGGCGAAUGGAGCUGCAAUCAUCCCGGUAACUCAGGGUCAAACGGUCGCUGGUGGCGAGCGUCCCGAUCGGGUCUGGCACUACGACGAUGAGUUCCUGUCGGGCUGUGGUUCUCCUAAACCCGCGUCCCCUGGAUCUCUGGAGCAUGGGGAGGGGGCGGCCAGCAGCGGGGGGUUUGUGGCCCUCAACUUGAGCUCUGGAAGGCAGGACAUUGACUCGAGGGAGUGGGUGAUGGUGGAGCGGCCCGGUGCCUCCCCGGGACCCAAGGUCACCCACAGCCCUUCAGAGGAGGAGGAGGAGGAGCCUGAGGUGCUCCAGCCGGGGCAGCGGACUCCUGGGUGGGGGAGAGGCAGCCCGGGCCCGAGCUCUGGAAAAGCCAAACAGGAGAGCACGGCUUCCUCCAGAGGAAGCACCAAAGUGGACAAGCUGGAGCUCAGCGUGGGGCCUGUGGGGACCCUGCCUCCCGUCACUCCAACCAGCCCGGGUGAAGCUCUGGCCGAGGGAGUCCUCACGCAGUUCCCCACCUCUCCUCCGUCCCUGCCUGACGAGGUCGCGGUGCGGACGUGCAGCCCCACCCCCCUGCGCUCCCCCAGCCCUCACACUCUCCUCACCACCCUGUCGGACCCGCUGCACCUGCGCCACCCGCCGGGCAUCAGGCGCAGCCAGUCUGCCGACCAGCAGCAGGACCGAGUCUCCUCCUCCUCCUCCUGCCACGCCUCCCUCCCACUGCCACCAAACCCCGCCCCCGGCACCCGCUCGCCCAGUCGUAGGAAACUGCCCGCCAUCCCAGCGGGCGCCGCCAACGCCAAGUUCCCCUCGGUCAUACGCAUCACACGAGCCCAACUCCAGCAGUUGACAGCUCAGCGUCCCUCUGGGCUGUCCUCCCAGUCGGGAUCGGACAGUGCUCCACAGUGCCUCCUGCUGGAGAUGCGUGGAGAGUCGGAGGCUCAGCAGGUCCAGGAUCACACGGUGGACAUCACCUCCCCUCAGGACCACGUGCCCACCCACCCAGGGACCCCCACAGACCCUCUGGCUGAAAUGCUGAUCAACGGAGACGGCAACACCAAAGCUCCGAGCCCGGUGCCGAGUCGUGUGUCUUCCCCUCGUUCUCCCCGCUCCCCUCCCCCCCGCUCGCCCUCCUCCCCCCACUCCCCUCGCUCGCCACAUUCUCCUCGCUCUCCUCGAAGUCCUGUUUUUACCAAUGGCCCCUUCUCCCCCCACGGCUCCGGCCACAAGGAUUUAAGUAACGGCGCUUACCCCAAGCUGAGAGACUAUGAGAAUGAUGCCGGCCUCGCCCCCUGUGCCACAGAGUCUCAGCUGAGAAGGGAGGAGGGGGGAGAGGGGGUCCAGGCCAAAGAGCCGACCAGCAGCCCGGGGUCCUCCUCCCGGGCGCCCCCCCGCAAGGACCCCAGCCGCAGGCACAGUCGCAUCCCGGUCCUGGAGCCCUGCAGCCUGCUGGAGCUCCCGACUCCGGGGUCGGCCAAGGAGAAACUCUUAAAGAAGAAAGCCAGUCACCAGGGCCCGGUGCCCUCCCCCACCGCCUCGCCCUCCCUCUCCGACAGGCGCAGCGCCAUGGUCGCCCUGGCGAGAGACCCCCUGUCCUCGGCCUCGGACCGCUCGCAGGACGAGGACUCGCUCAUGGGGUCCCGCUCCGACCGCCAGGGGGACGACGGCCCCUCCCUCUCCUCCUCCUCCAGUCCUCUGUCCCGCAAGAGCAGGAUCCCUCGGCCAGUUCACCCGGUGUCUUCUGCUGAGCAGCUGGCUGCCCACUACCUGCCACGCCCACCGCCCGGGAAGCCCCUGAGUCGCUCCACAGUGGAGGGCAGGCUGAGGCGCUACCGCAUCCGAGCGAGCAGCACCAGUGACUCCGACCUCCUGACCUGCCUGGCUCAGCUGAUGCACGGCUCCCGCGGCUCCCCGGUCCACCACCGCUCCUCCGCCCAGCACGCCGGCUCCAGGAUGGGCGUGUGCAGCCUGACCAGCUCGCCGCACCACCACCGCAGCUCCAGCGCCUCGCCGCGUAGCUCCUCCUCCCUGCAGCGCUCCGUGAGCUCCUCGCCCUCCCGCCACGAGCCCCGUGGCGGCGGCGGCGGCGGGGGAGGGGGCUGCCUGGGCCGCAGCCGCUCGCCCCCCAGCUUCUCGGGCUGCUCGCCACCCCCCCGCCGCUUCUACUCCCAUCACCAGGAGACUUGCUGCAGCCGCCAGGCCCGCACCAGCCCCUUGUACCUGACCAGGGGGAAAGGCUGCAGCCGAGAGGGCAAGUGCUCCACUAAGCUGAGCAGAUAGUUGCACUGACACAGCCGAGGAUGGAAGACUCCACAUUCUGAUAGACAUCAGCCAGGAGAAGAACCUGAGUCUUCCUCUUUAAUUACAUUUAAAAAAAAAAUCUCCUUUCACAGUUUUCCCUGUCAGUCUGAACCUUACAGUUUCCCCUCCGCUUCCCAGUGUUCGCUCCUUCUAUUUGCACCCAGCGUUUGUCAUUCAAUUCCGUGCUUAGCUUUAAAGGGGAACUCCAGUGACUUAGUAUUGAAUUUCUGUAAAGUUGUGGGACAAAGUCGACACAGGUUUCAGGAACAAGGGUCAAAAUCUGUGCAUCAGAGGUCAAAAUGUCCUCGCACCAAAAGCCUCUUCUCACAUUUACCUGACUCCUUAAUAUGAGUAAAAAUGAAAUUGUUCCUGUGCCACUUUCUGACAAUUCAUCUGACAAUUACUGUAUCUGGACACAUCAGGGUCCUGGUUUUGUUAUGUUAAAAUGUGGUAGAAGCAAAGUAGUGUAGCUGCAAAAUGUAAAAAGUUCUUUCUCAAUGCAGGAAGUUCUAUGAUACAUGAAUCAAGAGUUAGUUGAGCCGGUAGAAACAUAAAUAAAUCAGCUUAUUUAACUCCAAACCAUCAUGCACAACAAUAUAUAGUAACUUAUUUAUCCCCCGGUAACAAUGCACUGUUUGAAUAUCAGUGCAGCACAUCCCAGCUUUGUUAAAUACUAACCCUGGGGUUGACUCCGUUGUCUCCUCCGACUUGAGGAGCAGGCAGGGUAUAAUAUUGACUUUAUGCUACGUGUGAAUGCAUAAAGCCAGAGUUUGUGUACAGGUGUAUUUAUUGAGAUAUUUAUUUUCAUGCUUAGCGAUUGCCUACGACUCCCGUUCCCUCUUCUGUGCGAUCGUGGACGUGCGGGUUUGUGUCGCCCGGAUUAGUUUUACACGCUCAAUCGCCGGGAUUACGCCGAAGUGAUCCUUUAUACAAUCAAUCACGUACCGUGUGUGAGGACACACACCUUUCUGUGCCUACUGUGUUGCUGUGAAGUGAUCUGAGGGGAUUAAAGGUUGUUAUAGUGGAACUCCCUUUUUAGAUGUGAAGGCAUCAUGUGUUAGCUGUAGUUGUAGUAGCAGUGGGAAGCUUAAAGAACACAAGGUACAUCACCUGAGUAAUGUUCAGAUAGAUUUGUCCCAGCGUGUGCCUUGGCACUUUGGGCAACUUGAGGAUUCACUCUGGUGUGAAUGUGAUUAGAAGAAGAAAAAAGCCAAAAUCAGACGAGUGCCAGUUCCACCAGUAUUCUCUAAUGUAGAAGAGGUAGCAACACAACUGUUUGUAAAUCCGACACAAUUUGAACAACGGUUUACUUGAGUGGUUGUUAUUUAUAAAGAUAUUUCAAAUUUCAAAAACCCACUUCAGCUGUCCUGUCUGUACCAGGUCAGUGUUUGAGACGACACUUUGAACAAAUGUGAAUUUCUGACCUCAAACAACAUUUUUGUCAAAUGUUACUGAAAAACAGAGGCCAUAUGUGUGUAUAUAUAUGUAUAUAAAUAUAUUUCUCACACCAA